GGUUUAAUGCUAAAACACUUCUCACAGCUACUGCGGAGCAGUCACUUUCUGCAACCAGUUUGGCUCCUCCUACAAAAAACGUCAUCUCUCUAGUCAGACGACAACAUCGCUCUUCUUUCAUCUUAGGGCGAGGCAUCGUUCUUAUAAACAAGAUCCUCAACGAACUCACAAGUUCAUUCAUUCAGCUGCGACACAGAAGAGAAGAUCAUUACGUUGUGAAAAUGGAGUCUUUGGCAGCAGCAAACACACAAUUCUCUCUCAAUGUGUUUAAGAAGAUCAGUGAGAUAAACACUAGUGGAAAUGUCUUCUACUCUCCUCUCAGCAUCUCUUCGGCUCUGGCCAUGGUGUCACUUGGUGCUAAAGGAAACACAAAAGAUCAGAUCUUACAGGUUCUGUGUCUUAACAAAUCUGGACCAGAUACUGAGACAGCUGAUCAGGAGGACCAAAUUCAUUCCAGCUACAACAAACUCAUGAGCGAGUUGAACGAACCAGGAGUGCCAUAUAUGUUGAGUCUUGCCAAUCGUCUGUAUGGAGAGAAAUCCUAUCAGUUUAUUGAUAAAUUUAUUAGUGACUCACAAAAAUACUACCAGGCUGGACUGGAGUCUGUGGACUUCAUAAAAAACUCAGAAGCUGCACGCGUCAACAUCAACAACUGGGUGGAGAAAACGACACAAGGGAAGAUCAAGGAUUUGUUGGCACAGGGGAUCCUUAAUAAUAUGACACGUUUGGUUUUGGUGAACGCCCUCUACUUCAAAGGGAACUGGGAGAGAAAAUUCCUAUGGCCAGACACUGUUGAUCGACCAUUUAAAGUUAACAAGAAUGAAACUAAACCAGUGGAGAUGAUGAAUCAGAGGUCAGACUUUCCUCUGACCUUCAUCCCAGAGGUGAACAGUCAGAUCCUGGAGCUGCCGUAUGUCGGGAAGAAUAUGAGUAUGUUGAUCAUCCUUCCAGAUGAGAUUGAAGACGACACCACUGGACUUCAGAAGCUGGAGAAAACACUGACCUAUGAGAAGCUCAUGGAGUGGACCAAACCUGACAACAUGAAGAAACAAUACGUUGCGUUAUCUCUUCCUAAAUUCAAGCUGGAAGAAACUUAUGACAUGAAGAAUCUACUGGUGAAACUGGGAAUGGUGGAUGCUUUUGAGAUGGGGAAGGCACAUUUUUCAGACCUUUCCCACAAUAAUGAUCUGGUGGUGUCUGAGGUGAUUCAUAAAACCUUUGUUGAGGUCAAUGAAGAAGGAACAGAAGCAGCAGCAGCUACUGGUGCUGUUGGUAAGCUAUUAAUGGGACGCCUAGACAUUCCAAAGACUUUCAAUGCUGAUCAUCCCUUCCUGUUUUUCAUCCGACACAAUCCCACCAACACCAUUCUGUUUUAUGGACGCUUCUGUUCUCCAUGAGCUUCUUCUGGUAAAGAUGAUGUGAUUGUCAUGUAUUGUAUGGCUACAAUCACUCCAGAGCCUGAGGAGCAAAUCUGCGUCCUUCAGGUUACAAGCCCGACUUUUCAACUAGACUACGACUUAGUAUACAUGACAAACAAUAAAUCCUUGGCAUUAUUUGCUUUAGCAUUUUCACACUUGUGUUUUCUGUGUCUUCUUCUGUGGUCCCAGUGUUCGAAUUGAGGAGGGUCUGGGGGGUCCCGGACCUGCUAUAAGCCUUGAGGGACCCCCCAUAAAGCACAAAAAUAUAAAUUAGGGGGGUCCCCUGGUUUUUAUUAAAAUUAAAAUACUACAUGAUUUUAAAAUUCUCAUGUUGCGCUGUCACAAAGCGAUAGGCUACUGUCCGUUAUUUGUUUCAAUUUCACAAUAAACUAAUUCAAAUGAU